UGCUGCUCAUGGUGCCAGAGAGUGAAAACGUGUUGCAUGUUAGUCAGCCAUGCAGGUCAUGUGGAUGUGGUCGAGGUAAUAAUGGGCAGCCAGCCUCAGGUCUUCUACAGUAUGAGAAGCUCCACAGAUGAAGAAGCAGCUACAGACAAUGCCUCACAACCUGUCCUUCAUCUCCCUGCUGCCCUCUGCCAUUUCCUUGAAUGAUUCCAACUCCUCUCUGGAAGAGGGUGAAGCCUGGCAAGCACCCACCUUCACUCGGGCAGCCCAGGUUCGCGUCAUUGCCACAUUUGUCCUUUUUACAUUUGCGGCAACAAGUAAUCUGGCGGUCCUCGUGAGUGUGCUGAGAGGCCACGGCCGUCGGCAGUCUUCACACAUCCGUCCUCUUAUACUCAGCUUGGUGCUUGCAGACCUCAUGAUGACCUUUGUGGUGAUGCCUUUGGAUGCAGUGUGGAACAUCACUGUUCAGUGGUACGCAGGCGAUGCCCUCUGUAAGAUUCUCUGCUUCCUGAAGUUGUUUGCCAUGCACUCCUCUGCCUUCAUUUUAGUGGUCAUCAGCCUGGACCGGCGUAUAGCCAUUCUCCACCCACUGAGCUCUCUUGAUUCUGGGCGACGAAAUAAAAAGAUGCUUCUUGUGGCUUGGACUGCCAGCCUGCUCCUCGCCACCCCACAGCUGUUCAUCUUUGGAACGAUCAAGAUAGAAAAUGCUGAUUUCACACAAUGUGUGACACACGGCAGCUUUCAGCACCACUGGCAGGCGACGCUCUACAACAUGUUCCAGUUUGUCACCCUCUAUGUCAUUCCCCUGCUUGUCAUGAUCUUCUGUUAUGCCAGGAUCCUUCUGGAGAUCAACCAUCAGAUGAAAAAGGACAAAGAGGACUCCAACUUGCGAAGGAGUGGCACAAACAAGAUUCCCAAGGCACGCAUGAAAACCCUCAAGAUGACUGUCAUCAUUGUGGCCUCAUUCAUAAUUUGCUGGACGCCGUACUACUUGCUCGGGAUUUGGUACUGGUUCUGCCCCCAGAUGCUAAGACACACCCCGGAGUAUGUCAACCACAUCCUCUUCUUGUUUGGACACCUCAACACUUGCUCUGACCCUGUGAUCUAUGGCCUUUACUCACCGUCUUUCCGGGCCGACCUGACAGCAUGUUUGAAUCGCCGGGUCAAAAGACUGCCCAAAAAUGUAGUGAACCAGCUAGUGGAGGUGCAGCAACAGAGUGAGCACAGCAGGGUGCCAAGCCGGGCAGUCGCUGCAAUGGAUAACCAAAAUAAACUGUAAGGUUUUGCACCAGAGACUU